AUGGCCACUGCACCUGGCUUCUAUAGGCUCCAACUCCAGCUCCAGCGUUGUGUCAGUGAGAAUCUUUGUAAGGACUUCCACACCGCGCUGUAUAUGUAUUUCCAGGAGCGGACCUCACCAGGUGGAAAAUGCCAGAUCUUCCAGGAGCUUGGAAAUUCCCAGCGCUUCCUGGUUCUCUUGGACCAAGAGGACGUAUGGCUGAAGAUUCUGGAGGAAGAGGAUCAUAAACUUAUGUUGCCUAGAAAAGGACUACUCAUAUUUACUGUCAGGUUGCCCACAUACUAUGAUGAAGACCCAGAAAGGAGUGGCAAAUAUGUGGAAAUCACUGGGAACAACUUUAAUGAGGAGAAUGAAUGUGCCCGGAAAGAGAUUUCCUAUGUGGAUCCACUUGAGAAGACUAUGGGAAAUAUACCAAAAAGCAUCAAGUUCAAAACAUACUGCGAAUUCUAUUUAAUAAAUGCAGUUCAAUUUGUACACAAGUCACAGCAACAGCCAUGUCUGGUGUCCCCGGAAGGGCUAAAAAUGCUGUUGGUAAAAGAAGCUGUGCAGAAUGCUACGACUCAUGUCAUUGUCAACUCAGUUCCCUUGGACCUUACACUUGGUUCAGGGGCCCUUUCUCAGGCCCUCUCAGAAAAGGCUGGGCCAAAGCUCCAGGAGAAGUUGAAGGCUGCUGGACAAAAGGGCGUUCGUGUGGGCUCCCUUGUCUCAACCAGUGGUUGUGAUCUGCCCUGCCACAGGGUGUUUCACGUGGUGGUUCCAGUGUGGCACACUAACAGUCAAUCUCCAAGAAAGAUCAUGGAACACAUAGUCCAAAAGUGUUUGAAGAAAACUGAGAAAUUGUCUCUAAAAUCAAUUGGAUUUCCAGCGAUAGGAACAGGAAAUUUGGGAUUUCCUAAAAGUGUAUUUGCUGAAUUAAUCAUUUCAGAAGUAUUGAAAUUUAGCAGCAUAUAUAAGCCAAAAUCUUUACAAGAAGUUCAGUUUUUGUUGCACCCAACAGAUCAUGAAAAUAUUAAGGUAUUUUCUGAUGAAUUUUCCAGAAGGAAUAAUGGAAUUCUUGAUGACAAAAUUCCCAAGACUAAAGAUACACAAGGCUUCUAUGGGGCUGUUUCCAGCCCUAAUGUAGGAAUGUAUGAAAUGAAGAUUGGCCCCAUCCUCUUCCAGGUGGCUUCUGGAGACAUCUCCAAAGAAGAUGCAGAUGUAAUAGUAAAUUCAACCUCAAAUACAUUCAAUCACAAAGCAGGUGUCUCCAAAGCCAUUUUAGAAGGCGCAGGAAAACAUGUUGAAAUGGAAUGUUCUUUACGUGCCCAACAGAACCACAAUGGAUAUAUAAUUACUGAUGGUGGGUCAUUGAAGUGCAAGAAUAUUAUACACGUUGCUGGUGAAAACAAUGUCAAGAGGUCCGUUUCCAGCGUGUUGCAAGAAUGUGAAAACAGAAAUUACUCAUCCAUUUGUCUCCCAGCCAUUGGAACAGGAAAUGCCAGACAAGACCCAAAUAAGGUUGCAGAAGCCAUAAUGGAUGCCAUUGAAGAAUUUAUCAGGCAAGGAUCAAGCCGGUCUGUGAAAAAAGUUAAAGUUGUUAUCUUUUACCCCCAAAUAUUGAAUGUGUUUUAUGUCAACAUGAAGAAAAGAGAAGGGUUUCAGACUUCUCUCCAGCCAUCUGGGCUGUCUGGAAUUACAUCUGAAAUGCCUGUACACUGGAGUGACAUGAAGCAGCAGAAUUUGUGUGUGGUCCAGCUACAACCUAGUGAUCCCGAAUACAACACUGUGGCAAACAAGUUUAAUGAAACCUGCUCAGACUCAGUCAUAGAGAAGAUUGAAAGGAUCCAGAAUAGGGAUCUCUGGAAUAUCUACCAGGCAAAGAAAACUGCCAUGGAUGCUAAAAAUGGCCACAAACAGAAUGAGAAGCAGCUCUUCCAUGGGACAGAAGCUGACUCUGUGCCACAUGUCAAUACGAAUGGCUUUAACCGCAGUUAUGCUGGGAAGAAUGCUGUGUUCUAUGGAAAGGGAACCUAUUUUGCUGUCAAUGCCAAUUAUUCUGCCCGUGACACAUACUCCAGGCCAGAUGCAAACGGGAAAAAGCACAUGUACUAUGUUCGCGUCCUCACUGGAGACUAUACAUGUGGAAAUCCGUCAUACAUUGUGCCUCCUGCAAAGAACCCUCAAAGUCCUACUGACCUGUACGACAGUGUUGUGGAUGAUGUUGGCAAUCCAAGUGUAUUUGUGGUAUUUUAUGACUACCAGGCCUACCCAGAGUAUCUUAUUACUUUUAGACAAUAA